AUGCUUCCAUUCGUUACUCUAUCACUCAUUUUGGGCUCGACCCAGGCGCUCACUUUGCCUGUUCGUUGGUCAAACGAGACGUUUGCUCCUCUGGGGUACUCUCUGGUUGAACCAUCUUCAGGAGAAACUACAUCUUUGGUGCCUUCCAUGGCUCCUACUUCUGAUGGUUCUGGCAGCUCUCUUGCUCCUACUUCUGAUGGUUCUGAAGGCUCUGGCAGCUCUUCUGCUCCUGCGAUGUCUUCUGGGCCUUCGCUGGCUCCUCAGACUGAGUCGGACCCGGUGAGUAAUGCUGCUUCUACGCCAGCACUGUCUUUCCAAGGCAGUAACGCUGGAAACGCUUCUAGUCCUGCUACUGAUUCGCCAGAUACGGGCUUGCCAGGCGCCAGUGGAGCUCCUUUGGAGUCUGGACUGGGAUCUCCAGGAACUACUCCAGCUAGUACUGAACCUGGGCAAUCUGCUGCUUCCCAAAGACCCACCCCAGCGUCUGCUGGCGUUCAGCUGAGCCCACAGACUGCUUCAAAUGGUGCUUCUACUGUUCCUCCUUCUACUCAGAAUGCCUCUGCUGCUCCAGGCUCUUCUACUGGUGAUGUACCAGGUGCUUCUAGUCCAGAAGGUUCCAGUACUCCAACUGAUGCUGUUUCUGGAGGCUCUCCUUCUGGAGGCUCUCCCUCUGUAGGCUCUUCUUCUGAAGGUUCUCCAGAUGCUGCUUCCCAAGCUACAUCGCCAGCUGCUGGUACUCAGGGAACUCCACAGACUGGUUCUACUCUCCAGAACGACAUGUCUACUCCAGGCUCCCCUGCUGCCUCUACUCAAGCUACCACCUCUCCAGCAGCUUCUGCUCCAAAUGAAGGUCCAGAAAGUGCUGCUCCUACUCAAGCUGCUCCAGAAUCUACUGGCAUUUCCACACAGAGACCAUCUACCCAAGCUGCUCCAGGCCAGGAACAACCCACUCAAGCUGCUCCAGGCCAGGAACAACCCACUCAAGCUGGGUCUCCAAACCAAGGCCCUGGUGAUGAUGAUGGCUCUUCUCCUAAGUCUACUGAUAACGAUAAUGGAGGAGCUUAUGCUACUGACUACGCUACUGCUUACGGUACUGAUCCUGCUAUUGCUAGUGCUUAUGCAUAUACUGAAGACGGUUAUGGUCAAGAGACUGCUGCCCAGGAUGAUCCAUUGCCAACAGAUCUGUCUGACCAGGAGACCGGUGGCUUCCCAGGCUCUUCUGGUGACUCUCCAAACGACGGUAGCUCCCCAGGUACUUCUGGUUCUGGACAAGGUGAAGAGCCUGGAGCUAACCAUACGGGCGGUGCUGGAGAGGACCCAGAACAGGUUCCUGGUCAGCCAGGUACUGACGGUUCUGGUGAUGUUCCAAACGACACUACUGACGGUAGCUCCAGCCCCGGCAGCUCAGGCAAUGACUCUGGAUCUGGUUCACAGGGUGGUCGUCCUGACUCUGGAGACGAUCAGGGUAGCACUGGCACUGACUCGCUGGAUGGACAAGAUGAUGGAACUAACGCUGGAAACAGUCCAGGCAACGCCCCAGGUGACGCCCCAGGUGACGGGAACAGCUCUCCACAAGAGCCAGGCAGCUCUCCAGGUAACCCUAGCGAUGGUUCUGGUAACCAGCCAUGGGGUGGUGAUGACAAUGGCUCUGGGAAUGGAAACCCUGGUAAUGGAAACCCUGGUAAUGGAGAACCUGGCAAUGGUCCUGAAAAUGGUCCUGGCAAUGGCUCUGGAAAUGGAAGUCCCGACUUCGACAGAACCACUACGGUGGUUGUAACCAAUGCUGGGUCUCCUACUCAACCAAAGUCACCCAACAGUGCUGCUCCACGUACAUCUACUGCUGCUGGUGCUCAAACAACUGCUGGAGGUCAGAAGACUGAUACCACUGCAGCUCCAGUGCUUCCUUCGUCUUCUGCUGGAGGUAUUGGAAAUAACAGCACUGUUCCAUUCCCAGCAAACUCCACAAUGCCUUCGAACUCCACUGGCCCUAUGACGACAUCCAACUCGUCUGCUCCAUUCACUCAGUUGUCCAGCACUUACUCUGAGCCUUCUUCUGAUGGUGCUCUUUACGGCUUCGCUUGGUUCUGA